GUAAUUUUAGAGGAAUAAGGAUCAGCUUGAAAAUGGAGAUGGAGUACAAAGAAAAUGAGGAACCCUCUGUAACAAAAGAAGGCAGCAGUGGUGUAGGUUGGAGAACUAACUACCGGCAUGUGUGGCUUGACCGACGACCGUUCCACACAGCCAAACCAUCACAAUUGAGAAAAGUGCUCCAAGUGAACGUUUAUGUAGUAUACAAAGAUAAAGAUUACAAAAACCGAUUUUGAUAUACAAAAUCGCUGUUGGAAUUGCGUUUUUUGUUUAAAGUGGUACCAAAACGAAAAAUAUUUGUCAUUGCACGAAUGUUGCCAAGUGAAAACGAGAUGAAAGACAAAAAGAAACAGAACAAGGAAGAACACAGGGAAAUAGACAAAAUAUAAUUCAUAUGCUACUGAAUCAUCUCACCACAAAGCACGAACAAAGCAAGCCGAGCAAGAAUUAGAGAACUAAGACAAACUUUGCCCUAUUGGGAUCAAAAUGAACAACGUGACAAUCGUUGGUUAUGCAAGGAAAUGAAUCGAUUAAAUCAAUUGAGAAAAUGGAAGAGGAGCAAGAUCCAAGAUUGUUGGCGAGGCACUUGUCAAAAAGCACAUCCGAGCUCGGUGAGCAGAACACACUGGCUAGCAGGACUACAUCAUUCUUCACCUCCAUCAAGGAACGUUGGAGUCGUGGAAGGAGCCGUGAAAGGAAACGAAAAAGAGGCGAAUUAGGUGAGGAAGAAAGCCACAGCACUGAUUAUGCAGCAGACAAUUCCUCAGAACACAGUAGCAGUGUUACUCCCUUGACACAAUCACCCCGACACAGACUGACAGCGGUAGAAAAUAUCACUGUCUCUCAAGACCAGCCAGUUCCCGAUUUACUAGUGAAGCCAGAUCCUUCAGUAAUUGCUGCUGAUGAAUCUAAAAGAAGAAGGGAAUCAGCACUGAGACAGCAUUCAUUUUUUCAACUUCGAGUAUAUUUGAAAAGAGGAAAAGACUUGAUUGCGAGGGACAAAAGUGGCACUAGUGAUCCCUAUGUGAAAUUUAAAGUUCAAGGAAGGUUGUUAUUCAAAUCUAAAAUUAUCUAUAGAGAUUUAAAUCCAGUGUGGGAUGAAAAUUUUGUAAUACCUAUAGAAGAUCCUUUUAUUCCUGUUCAUUUGAAGGUAUUUGAUUACGACUGGGGUUUGCAGGAUGAUUUUAUGGGAUCAGCGUACCUUGAUCUCACUAAAUUAGAACUCGGAAAGUCUACAGAUAUAGUACUUUCACUCCAAGAUCCAGGCAAAUCAGAUUACCUCGGAGAAUUAUACCUUUCAGUUACCCUAUGCCCAAGAAGUCAGGAAGACAAAGAACAGUACUUCCAAAGAAAUUGCAAAAUAUCAGAUAUCAACAGAAGGCUAAAAAGCCAAAUAUGGAGUUCCGUUGUUACCAUCGCUCUUAUCGAAGCCAAAAAUUUACCUCCAUUGAACGGUGAUGAGUUCUGUGACCCAUAUGUAAAAUUUAGGCUCGGGAAUGAAAAAUAUAAGAGCAAAGUUGCAAAUAAAACACUCAAUCCGAGUUGGCUGGAACAAUUCGAUCUUCACUUGUAUGACGAUCAGUCUCAGGAAUUGGAUGUGACCAUUUGGGAUAAGGAAAAAUCAAAGGAAGAUUUCAUUGGAAGAUGUGUUAUCGAUUUGUCAAUGCUGGAAAGGGAGAAAACGCACAGAAUUAAACAACCACUGGAUGAAUGCAGUGGGCAUAUAUUUUUACUAUUAACCAUUAGUGGUACGACUGCAUCGGAAACAAUUUCUGACCUCACUUCCUACGAUGAAAAUCCAAAGGAAAAGCAACUCCUAGAGAGUAGAUACUCAUUGUUAAGAACUUUGGAAAACUUAAAAGACGUCGGCCAUUUGACUGUAAGAGUGUACAGAGCUCAAGGCCUAGCUUCAGCAGAUCUUGGAGGAAAAUCCGAUCCAUUUUGUGUUCUCGAAUUAGUUAACUCAAGGCUACAAACACAAACAGAAUAUAAGACACUCUGUCCAUCUUGGCAAAAAAUAUUCACAUUCAAUAUUAAAGAUAUAACUUCGGUUUUGGAGGUAACAGUCUACGAUGAGGACCGUGACCACAAAGUUGAGUUUCUUGGAAAAAUUGCUAUACCGUUGCUAAGGAUUCGAAACAAUGAGAAACGAUGGUAUGCUCUUAAAGACAAGAAACUUUUUGGACGAGCGAAAGGGAACUGUCCGCAAAUCUUUUUAGAACUCUCUGUUGUUUGGAAUCCAAUUCGAGCUUGCAUACGAAUAAUAAAUCCAAAGGAAGAAAAAUUCAUGAGGCCUGAAAUAAAAUUCAAACGACAAGUUUUUGUCAGAAAUGUAAUGAGGUUGAAAACAAUUGUAAUGUGGUUUUAUGAUAUUUCUAAAUAUAUAGAAGGCCUCUUCGAAUGGGAUUCAACAUUCCAGAGCAUUAUAGCCUUUGUGAUGUUUGUUCUUUUGUGCUACUACUUUGAGCCGUACAUGUUACCUGCAGCAAUGUUACUUAUCUUUCUCAAAUGUUAUAUUGUCCAGAAAGUGACUGGAACUUGGGGUCAUAAUGAUGAAGACGACGAACCUUUAGGAGAUGAAGAAGAAGACGAGGAUGACAAGGAUAAGGAAGAAAAGAAGAGUCUUAAAGAAAGGCUGCAAGCAAUACAAGAAGUCACACAAAUUGUUCAAAAUUCUAUAGGUUAUAUUGCAACUUUAGGAGAGAGUAUCACCAAUACUUUCAACUUUACUGUUCCAUUUCUGACUUACCUGGCAGUUAUAAUUUUAAUCGGGAUUACAAUUGUGCUUUACUUUGUUCCUGUACGAUACCUCAUACUUAUAUGGGGUGUGAACAAAUUUGCGAGAAAACUCAUCAGGCCUCAUACAAUUCCUAACAAUGAAAUUUUAGAUUUAAUAUCUCGAGUUCCUGAUAAUGAAGAUUUGAUUUCAUUCCGGGAGCUUCGUACCCAGUCAACCUCUGAAGGAGAAAGAAGACGCGACCAGAGGAAAAAGAUUAAAAUAACGUAACAAAUUUGUGAUAAACUCGACUUAUAUUAAUCUUAAAAAUUCAACAAACGAACUAUUUAAAAAAUGUUUUCUCGUUUAAUACAUUUUUUGCUCAUGUCCUAUUAUAAUCUAAAUACAAAUUUAUAACUCUAAGUUCGCUAAAAUAUUAACUCUUCCAUUGAGUGUGCUCUUAUUAUAGUAGAAAGUUGAAAGAAAAUAACAGAACAAAAAUGUAACAUUUAAAAAGAAGAAUAAAAUUAACAAUAAUAAAGAGCCAGUUUAGAAGUUUAAAAACUGUAUUUGGAUAAAUCGUAUAUGUUUUACUUGAUUUCAUUCCAAUUAGUGAAUUUGAAAUAUUAAUUUCCCAUUAUGUGCCUUUUGUGUUCUUUCUUCAUAAAAUGAAAUGUAUUUUUAUGGAAUAUAAAAAAUAAAAUAUAAAAAAAAUAAUAAAAAAAACACCAGAGAUUUCAAAAAGACUGAGUCCUUAACUAUUAAAUAAGCUUAUAGGGAUCUCUGCUUUUUUAAUAUUACUCUCAUUUCUUAAAAACAUUGAAUUUUAUUGAACUCUAUCAAUAUUAUAAAGUUCUAUAGAAAUGUUUGAUACAUAUUGUUAGUGUGUGUUUUAAAAGUCCCAAUUUCAAUAAAAACAUUUAUAUUUAAAAUUGAAUUUAUGUCUAUUGAAUAGCUUCA